AUGACCCUCCGCGAUGCGGGUUCUCCCUCUCCCUCCCCUCUUCCCCCUCCUUCUCCCCGCAAGGAACCCCAGCCGACAAGGCUGAACUCCGACAAGAAGUCCUCCAAGGGAGGCAAGAAGACCACCGACGGUGGCAGCAAGACCUCCAAGGGAGGCAAAAAGACCUCCGAUGGAGGCAACAACAAACGGGCAAAGUUUGCCAACCCACAUGAGUGGGUCGAUGAGAGCACAUUCAUCUUGUAUGCACAAUCUUUUGUAACAAACGCGUCCCUGUCGGCCGCUCCGUCUGCUGCCUCCGGGUAUGCAGCCUUCCUCAUUGACAACCCCACCAUCGCUGCCCUCAGCUUUGGUUCCGGUGCAGUUGCUUCCGCUUCUUCUGCGGUAGAGGAUGAGUCUCUGGAGUCCGUGGGUUUGGAACCCAUAGUUCCUGGAACGGUGGCGUCUGAAUCUGCGCCAGGUGGAUCUUCCUCUGUGGUUCCCGCUGGCCUUGACCUCCAAGGUUCAGCCCCUGAGCUUCACCCGGGCGAACGCGCAUUCCGGUGUCUCGGCUGUGCCCAGAUGGGUGCCCGCUGUAUGUUCACCAAGCUUCGCAAAGGCGCGCCAUUGUUGAAGUGUGACCGGUGCUCAGACAAACGUCGUCCCUGUGAGCUGCCACCCUACGAUCCGGUGCUGCAGACGAAGGGCCCACGGUGGGAACUGGCUCGGGCCCUGAAGAAUCGUACUGAGGCCCUCAACAAGGAUCGUCGUCUCUCCAAGGCGAAGGCUGAGGCCGAAGCUGCUGCAGCAGUGGAAGCUCAGGAUGAUGUUGCUCCGGCGGCUGAUUCUGAGGACGAUGUGUCCAUGGAGACAGGCUCCGAGGCUGGACCUGCGGAGGCGGAUGCCAUUUAUUAUGGCUUCAUUGAACAAAUGGCCGCCGCGCGGACCCGAGCUGCAGUAGAGGAAGCCAUUGCUGCCCGCCGCUCGGGUGACCGUGUUCGCCGCCCUCGCCGUGAGGGCCACUCCGGCAACGGAGGGAAGCGAAAUGGCCGCACUCCUCUUUCCAAAGAGGCGGAACGACAACGAGAACGUGAGGCCUUCAGGAAACGGCAGAAAGCUGGACUGGCACGGCUAGAUGGCCAGAACACCGACGAGCAGGCUGAUGACCACGACGAGGAUGACCAGAGGUGGACUGGAACUCACCUGCACGAUCUCAUGACCAGCCCGCGGAAAGCACGGUCCCUAGCAGCAGCAGCUCAAGUGGAUGAGCUCGACGAAGAGACCGCUUCAGACUCCGAUGACGAUCUAGAUAUCCAACACGAAGCGCGUCUUAGGGACUCUGCUUCAUGGCUGCAAGGCUUUCAGGUUCAUCAUCGGAUUCUUCCUGCUCAGCGUGUUGAAAUCGAGCAAGGAGACCAGAUGCGGUCUAUCAUGACCUCCUGGACGCUUUCCUGUCCCGGAGCGCUCGACGUGCGGUCGAGGAUGCUGCCCUUGGGCGGCGCAAUGGUGGUCGUGGCGGUGGCAGCUGCUCGCACUCGCCACCGCAGAAUCGGUCGCUCUGGCAACGGCGGUAUUAAGGCAACGAAGAAGCAGAAGGAGCAGAAGUAA